AUCGCUUGCAACGACAAUGUGGCUGGUGUGUUAUAAAUGGAUAGUGUAAACAAAUAAAUUGAAAGAAUUUAUAAAAUUGUGUGCAAUCAAAUAAAAUGUCAAAUUAUCAAGCACAAAAAUAAUAUGCAGACGCUCCCAGUGUUGUACCAAGCCGGCAAUAUUUACGUAUGCAACGGCGUCAAAUCGUGCCGCAAUUUACGGCUGUGCGCUCUGAGCACAGCACUUACAACAAAAACAAUGUUUGUGCGCGAUCAAAAAAAUAAGCGUGUAAGAAUAAAUAAAUACUGAUAAAAUUGUGCAUCACAGAUGUGUACUUGUGUGUGCAGUGACAAAGUUAAUGAAAAAGUGUAAUGAAAUCAAAUUUGAGCUAGUGCACUGCGUUUUCAAUUCGUGGCGCAGCAUCUAAAAACAUAUGCUUUAGUAUAUGUACAUAUGUAUAUACAUGCAUACGUACAUAUGUAUGUACGUCCGAAGUCCAUUGCAUGAGCAUAGGCUGAUAAUAUGACAAAUUUGUUAAAAUGUAAAGAUUGUUGAACAAAAUUGAAAGCUAACGAGCGUUACAGAACUGCCGGUUCAUCAGAACGGCGUUUUUACAAUUAGCGGCUUCUAUAUGUAUGUAUAUACACAUAUUGAUGUGCGUGUGUCUGUUGCAUGUUUCACAGAUGCAUAUUUUCAAAUAGUCCUAGCCCAAAAUAUGUUCACUAACCUACGGAAAAAUUUAAAGUUGUCCUGUUUCUAAAUUAGCUGGUGUAUGUAUGUAAUUCUAUUACAACAAAUUUUACAAAUUAAACAAAAUGGCAGUUGUGGAGCACGCAACCGUUCUUGGGUGUGAGCGUGACACUCGCUCGGAGAGUCCAGAGGAUUGUCUGUCGGCGUAGGUGUGUGAGUGCGUGUGUGUUUGUGUGCAGCGAACGAGUAAAGUAACAGCGAGUGCUCGAGCCAAUGUGGAAAUUGUUUAUGUGUGUACGUGCGUGUGUAAUGUGUUGAGUAAAAAAACGGAGCACAAAAUAUAAAAAACUAAAUGGGAACAAAAAAUAAUAAAUACAACUGCAUCGCAGUAAAAAUCUCGUAAAUCGUAAAAGCAAAACAAAUAUAGCAAUUCAUUCUAUCCAUUUUCCCCCGUUCAAGCUUCAUAACAACAGCACCAACAACAGGCAAAAUUGUUGUUGUAUAGCCAUGGUGGUGUCUAAGUGUUGGUGUUAAAAUAAAACAAAAAAGAAACGAAGAAUUGAAAACAGAAAAUAAUUGCAAGUGCAGCCCCCUACAUAGGUAAAGUACGCUGUAAAAAUGUUGCAGCACUGCUGGCACGGCUGCAAAAAUGACCGAUGAGCGCGGCAACGGUAAUCAAAGCAAAAUCAGCACAAGCAGCAACAUUGCAACGAACAGCAGCAGCAACAGCAUCGGCGCCAACAAUAACAAUACUAAUAACAACAAUAAUAGCAGUAAUAGCGAACGCAUAAUUGCAGAGGCGGCUGCAAAAUUUAUACUUAAAAAUGGCUUAAAUGGCACAAAUGCAGCAGCGGCAGCAUCUUUCCUCACAGCAGCUGCUGCAACAUUUCAACAGCCCGCACUGCCGCCGUCGCGUUUUCCAGCGACAGAACUAACUCGCACUGAAGCAAAGACAGGAGCGACCGGAGUGGGAGUUGGGGGAGCAACAUCCAAUGGCUUUUUGCCGCAUGUGUCAGCAAAGACAACAAACAAUAGCACUAACAGCAGCACAGGAUUGGCUGCAACUGCCCACACAAUGGCGGCCACGGCAGCGGCAGCUGCAACGGCGGCAGCAAGCUCUGUACUUGUUGCUACAGCGCCCAAGCCGCCAGCCGAUGUGCUCGGCGUGCUUGAUUAUAGCGCUGUAAACAAUGUUGCCUCUGCGGCUCCCAGCCCAUCAAUGGCCGCAAUAAAGAGCAACAAGUAUAGCAGCAGUGGUGGCAGCAGUAAUAGCACCAGCUUUGAUAUGGGCAGGCAUCCGAUAUCAACGAAUAGUAACAGCAUGGCCGGCUAUGGUGGCCGCUUGCAGUUCUUUCAAAAUGGUAAAUUCAUAUUGGAACUCGCACGCUCGAAGGAUGGCGAGAAAGGGGGCUGGGUGUCGGUGCCGCGCAAAGCUUUCCGGAAGCCCUCGGCGGCCACCUCAGCCACAGUAACGCCCACAUCAGCUGUGACGGCAACAUAUCCAAAGAACGAGAAUUCUACAUCGCUGAGCUUUUCGGAUGACAACAGCUCUAUACAGUCAUCGCCUUGGCAACGAGAUCAGCCGUGGAAGCAAUCACGACCUCGACGUGAUAUUUCCAAAGAAUUGUCACUGUAUUACAAGCGGCCGAAACACUUUGUCCUGUCUAAGUGUGCGAUAAAGGCUGCGCUCCGAAAGCGUCGUCGGCCCUAUGAACUGACGCCGGUGGCAGCAACGGAAAAACCUAUGUUCGAGCAUGUGGAGCGUGGUAUCAAAAUGGAGAAUGGCGAUGACACAUUAAAAGCCGAGGCUACCGAGGGUGCAGCGUACACUGAGGAAACUGAAACUAAAGAAGGAAUCAAACAGGAGAAAGAAACGGAUCAGACAGUCAGUGAAGUGGACGACGACGAAAGUAAAAAGGCUUCGAAGUUGCCUUUGGAUGCAAGUGUAAAGCAUGAACAGGGUGAUCAUCGGGACAAGAAUGUAGAAGCUAAAAGCGAACAGGAAGCGUGUGUUGAAAAAAUGAAUACGAGCGAAGAUGACGAUGCCAUGUCUGUAAUAGUUGAUGAUCCAGCAGGGGCAAGAACGUCCAACAUGAAUGGCAGUGUAGCUCAAUUCAAUGGCGACAUGAAGACGGAGGACAAGGAAAGCACAAAGUUUGAGGCAAUUAGUGAAGCAACGUCGACGACGACCGCAACAGCAGCAGCGGAGCUAAAAGAAAAAAGACUUAAAAAGCAUAAACCAAGAGCUAAGCUCAACAUCAUAAUACAGAAAUUAAUCGACAGCGUGCCAGCACGUUCAGAGCUUUUGUCCAAGACACCAGCGUCGGCAGCAGCAGGAGCAAGCGGUAAUAACGGUGGCGGAGCCAUCUGUAGUAGUCUAAGUCACUCCUUGGCGCACAAGGUCUCGCCACCGUCAACGUCAUCGACAUCAUCAUCGUCAUCAUCGGCAGCCAGCCGUCUAGUCGAGUACCAUCAUCAGCAUGUGUCGCCGCGCAAGCGCAUAUUACGUGAAUUCGAGAAGGUGUCACUAGAGGAUAGUUGUGGUGGUAUGAACAACGGCAGCGGUGCAGGUGGUAAACGUAGUCGGGCCAAAGGGGGUAGCAGUGCGCCUGGUACGGUGGCCAAGUCAUCGCCGUCGCGUUGCAAUAACAUGCCCAUGAAUCUGGCGCCACCGGUAGCCAAAACUUUGAUACCCCUUGCUGCUUCCACAUCAAGUAAUCAGAUGGACAAGUGCGCCCCAACACAGUCGGCACCGACGCGACUCAAUAGCUCCUACAGCAUACACUCUCUGCUCGGUGGCAGCUCCUCUUCGUCGAAGAAGAGCAAUGAUCAACCAGCCACCAUUACGACCAUGCAUCAUGCUCUCUAUGCUCAAUAUCCACGUGCUGUGCUCAGCUCACCUAAGUCGCCGGAAGUUGGCGGUAAUAAUGGAAGCGGUGGUGGCAAGUCACCGUCGCAUUUAUCAAGCAAAAAGAGAUCGCCGCCGUAUGCUGCCGCCGCUGGUUCCCCACUGCAGGAGGCGCAUACGCAGCGGAGUCCAAGCGUACCAAUGGAUUAUGGAGGCAGACGCACGCCUCCGGAGAACUACAAGGUGCAUCAUCAUGCACAUCAACACCCCUUCUAUGCGCCCUACAGCUUGGGCUCGCAGUACGGGGGCUCACCCACACAGGCGCCAGCGGGUGUUUCAUCACGAUCACAAGCCACUGGCUCGCCGCACAUUGCACAUGCGCUGGCUUCGCAAGAUUUAUCUCCGCCUCGGUCAUCAACUGCUUCGCCCCGCGAACUUGCAACCACGCCACGAACUGUACCCAAAAAGACUGCAUCAAUACGCCGCGAAUUCGCAUCGCCCACUGCCAGCAGUAGCAGCGGCACGGCUAACACCAGCUGUCCCUCGCCUGUGGAGCGGAACACAGCGUCACCCGAGCGACGGCAUACCACUCAACUUCAUAUGCAGCGUGGCUCUCCGACCGCUACCACGAGCUCAGCUCUACAGUACUACAUGUAUCCGCCUCAUUUGAAUGGUACGGGCUCUACGUCUGCUUCGCCCUCGCUCUACCACCCAUAUAUAGCGACGCUGGCGGCGCUCCGACACAAUUCGCAAUGGAUGCAUCAUUAUCCGGCCAGUGCAUCGUUGUUGCUACCACCACAUCCGCAUCCAGCAUCGACAUCUUUCCAUACUUUGGCCGCUUACAAUGGUGCGGCUAAUGUGUUUGCUGCAGCAACUGCGGGCGCCUUAGGGGCACCACCACCACCCACGCAGGCCCCACCGAUGACACAUGCUGGACCACACGGCCUGUCUCCACCUCACACACAUCUGGUUGCGCUCGAGCGCAGAGAUCAUACGCCAAAACUGACUGAUAGUUCUACUGACCACUUGUCUGCAACAGCGUCCAGUCAUCGCAUCAGCAACAGUUCGCCAGCCUCCAAUUCCAACGCGUCCGCCUCAUCCAGCGCGCAUAGCUAUGCGCUGCCAUCCGCAAGCAGCUCCUCAGUACAAUCCGCAAUGUUUCAUGAUAGUAAUCUAAGAAAUGAACUAAGUUCAGACUUACCCCUGAAUCUAUCAAAACACUGAGUCACAUGCUGCCAGCGCCCCAGUGUGGAUCUAAGUGAGCGUGCGUCCCUUCAAGUUAAGCACUAACAGCACUAGUAGCUCUUAAGAAAAAAUUUUAAUACCUAUAUGCAUAUUUUUAAUGUUAAGUUAAUUACUAUUUAAUUGCACGUAAUUUAAUUGUUUUUCCCACAUAGAUUAGUUUAUAUAAGUUUAAGGCCGGAAAAUUUAAACAAAAUCAAAAGAAAAGAAAAAAAAAGGAACUCAGAAUGCUAAAACCCUCUCACAAAACUAUUUAUACAAUCAGUUACACAAGUGAAAUAUCUGACAUAUUGCUUAAUCAAUAAUAAAUUCAAAAUGCAAAACAAUUUAAAUUAAGUACACAUACAAUUAUGAUUAAAAUUAAUUUUUUCUAUGGGAUGUAAACUGAAACAUCUUAAGGAAUCUCAAAAAAAAAAGAAAAUGAAAAACAAAAAAAUUACGGUUAUUUUUUGCAUCUAAACAUUUCCUUGAAACAGACUGAAACUUUAGAUGAUCACUGCAUCAUUAACAACAAAUCAGAUUUUUUUAAAAUGCGUGUGCCUUUGAAAAUGGAAAGAGAACUAGAGAUACAUCAAGAAAAAUAUGAACCAUAAACUAUAAUAAAAAUGUAACAAAUGCGUUGGUACGUUCCGGAAAUUAUUAAAGAGGAUGUAGCAAAUGAUUUUCAGAAUGUACCCUAUAACUGUUUACAGUUAUUUUUAAAGCUUAGUAUGACAUAAUAGAUAACCAAAUUACACAAAUUAUAAAAAAAAGGUGCUGACAAUAAUUUGUAUAAAGUAGAUCCCCAAAUUAAAAAAAUCAUAGGAUUUAUUAAAAAAUAGAUAUUGAAUGUAUUCCUGCAACUGAUUUUCCUGCUCUUUUUAAUAUUCUGUACAAAAUGCAUUUGAAGGAGUGAACCGUUUUGUUGUUUCUACAAAGAUACGACUAAUUAUUAAAUGAUCACAAAAAUCGGUUGCAUUUAUCCACAUUUAUAAAUGGUAUUAUAAUACUGAGAAAUUUAGGAGCUUUAAGAAAAAGUUGGUGCAUCUUUUAAUUGUAAAAUCUAAUUCAAAUUGUCGCUUAAAUAACUUUCAUACCCAUGUGGAAUUCACAAGAACUAGAACAUAUAAUAAGUUUACGGAUAAAGUGCUUAAGAAAUGUCGUGUACUGUUUAAAUUGUGAAUCCAUGACUGUCCGUAAAUGUUCUAAACUGUACUAAGUCUGUGGUGUGUUUUGUAAAAAUCUUUAUCUACUGCCUGCAAAUUCAGAUACUGAAAUUUUAAAUACUCUUUAUUUCAAAAGUAAAGAGGCAACAUUACGGGCUUUACGGUAUAGAUUGGGAAUGUGAGUGCGAAAAUGGCAUGAAAAAACUAACUGCAAUUUUAUUUCGAUUGAUUGCAAAUCCCCAAUUUGAAAGAUACUGAAUUAGCAUGGACGUUAAAUCGGGGCUUUGUACUUAUCUUUCAUUUAUUUCCUAAUUAAUAAACCACUUUUUUAUUUAGGAUAAUAAAUAUAUACAUAUUUAACGAGGUUUCAAUUUGAAAUUGUAUUACACUUACUAUGUUGGUAGUGGUAUUAUGGGGCUUAUUUAUUUUAUACAGAUGCAUUGUCGGCCACAAAUGCAAGAACAAAAAUUGUAAUCAACUUCAAAAAAUGUACAAAAUGCGAUACAAAAUAUUUACAAAAUAAUAAUGCAGUGAACCAAAACAAGAACUCAAAUUCGUACAACUGAAACAAAUACAAAUGAAAACUUUAUAUUUAAAGUGAAAACUAUUCCUAAAGUUAAAAAGACAACAAAAAAGCGGUUUCUC